AUGACCCGAAGACUGAUGUUUGUGUUGCUGCUGGUAGCUCUGGUUGCCUUAGACCCAACGGCCGCACUGCAGAAGAAGAAAAAGCGUGGCAUUUACCAUGGAUUGCAUGGAUUUGCGCUCGCGGGUCAUGGUGUUGUUCCAUUGCAUGGUGUACCGUCGUUACACAAGGGUUACCAUCCUAGCCCGUAUGCGAGAUUUCCCGGUCUGCACAAGGGAUCGCUCGGUGGGGUGCUUCCACCAGGCUAUGCCCUGUUCCCAGGAGGUGCUAGUGUAGCGUCCUAUCAGCGAAAUUUCCCACGCUAUCCUACGCUUUACGGCGCUGGUCUAUACCCAGGCUUUGGUGUUGCUCCGGUUAAGCCGCUGGCCGGCUUCGCUCCUACCUUCGCCACCGGACUAACUCCCUAUGCCCCUGCACCGGCUCUACCGGCCUAUCCUGCGGCAGUUCCAGCUGCUGUCCCAGCCGCAGCUGCUUUCCCACAAGCAUUCGUACCACUUGGAGCGCCGGCUGCCAGCGGUAACACCCAGCAGACAUACUUUGCGACCUACCCCCAGAAACCGCUGAUUCCCGUUGCGGUUCCCGUACAGCCGGACGUACCCGUGAAGGUUCCGGUCGUCGUCCAGAAACCGUUCUACACGGGUUUCUCAACCGUGGUACCAAACGGAGGACUGAUACCGGGCGGAAUAUACAGCACGGGACAAUCGGUCGCCGUCUCUAAUGUGCAGCCCCAGUUCGUGGGUAUUCCGGUGGCCACCGGAAGUGCGAGCGGCAUUACGCCGGCCAUCGCUACGACGCUCAGCUCGGGCACUACGCAAGUCACACAGGCACCCCAACAACCCUGGCGACCGGUUGUGGUGAACCAACCUGUACCACCAACACCAACACCACCGUCCAACGCGUACCUUCCUUCGUACGCUACCUCGCAGGGACAGAUUUACAUCAGCAGCACACCGGCCCCAUCGCUGCACGAUCACCAUCAGCAGCAGUCGCAUCAUCAAGCCUUGCUGGAUCUCGAUCAGGGAUCGCUGCACCAACAGGACGGUAGUGGUGCCUUUAACGGACAGCCGUACGAUGUUGCUUCAAACCACGGCCGAUACACGGGACCAUCCAGCUACGAUGUCGAUAUCACCCACAACGGUUACCAGAAGAAGAAAAAGUAG